AUGAAUUUCAAACAAGACCAUGAGAGGCAUCUCAAGGCGGUGUUGGAACGGCUUAGGGAACAGAAGCUCUUUGCUAAGUUGAGCAAGUGCAGUUUCUGGCAGAGAAGUAUUGGUUUCCUUGGACACAUUGUGUCUGAUCAGAGCGUGUCCGCAGACCCGGAAAAGAUUAAGUCUAUACGAGACCGGCCACAACCUAAGAAUGCUACUGAGGUAAGAAGCUUCUUGGGAUUGGCUGGUUAUUACCGAAAGUUUGUCAAGGGGUUCACGAGCCUGGCUCAGCCCAUAACACAACUAACGGGAAAGGAUGUGAAGUUCGCCUGGUCGGAAGGAUGUGAGGAGAGCUUCUCUGCAUUGAAGAACAUGUUGACCUGUGCACCGGUCCUGAUCUUGCCGGAGGCAGAUCAGCCAUACGUGGUGUACAAAGACGCGUAUAUCACUGGAUUGAGUUGCGUUCUGACUUAA